AUCUCAUCAUAUCAGAUGAGAUCUUCAUUCACUUCUAGAUAUUUCAUUUGAGUUGUUGAACAUUCUCUCUCUUAGGGUUUCAUUCAAUAUUCAUAGAUCUAGAUUGUUCUUGAGAUUUUGUGUUUGUCUAUUAGGUCUUGUUAAGAGUGAUAGCAGAUCUUCACAUUAAUGAUCUGUUGGUGAGUUGAGAGAUCCAUAUUUCUUUAUAUCUUGAGUUUGUUUGAACCAGUUGUAAUAAAGUUUAGGUUUCGUUGAUCCAUGAAAUUUUUACAUGGUAUCAAAGCCAUAGAUGUUCUUGGGUUGAUUGUUUAUGUUGAUCAUUGUUUAAAUUGUUCGUAGUCCAAAAUUAGGGUUUCUAGUAUUUUGUGGGUUCUUGAUCCAUUGUGUUGAUUCUUUGAAUAUCUUGUCAAAUCUAUUUAGAUCUGGUCUAUGCUUGUUGAUACAGUGAAAUAUGUAGAGUCUUGGUACACGAAGUUGUUUGCCGACUCCAGAUUGGGUGAUCUGUGUCAUUCUUGGAAACAAAAGACUGUGUUGAAAGUUGCUGAAGAAAAACUUGGAAGCUGGUGUUCUGUUCUAGGGUCAACCCUUAAAGGUUGUAAAAUCCUAAUAAAAAUUGGAGAAACCCUAGCUAGGGUUUGCAAUAUUGAAGAUGCCACCACGAAGGGAAAACCGUUAGCCCACUACGGAGGCCGAAUUGCAAGCAAGAAUUUCCCAAGAAAUAGCGGAUUACGAGGCCUCACGCGCCGAAACUAGCAGGGGUACCUCAAGGAACAACGUACCAAAUGGUAAUGUUUGUUAGUGCAUACAUCUGUCGACUUCGUCUUGUAUCGAGUCUUAGUCUUAGAAUGUUAGAAUAGGGCACGUUAUUCGAGAAAAUAGGAGAGUUUAGGGAGUUUUGUAGUUGAUUUCGCUCCUGGAUGUUUAAGGAAGAGAUUUCGCUCCAAACUGUUUCCGGCGAAAUCAGCAUGAAGCUGAUUUCGCUCCAAAUGGUUAUAUGUCCUCAGGAGCAAAAUCUCCCCACCUAUAUAUACAUGCUGAGGGAAAUCAUAUGUAGAGGUCUUGUUUCCAGUACCGAAUUGCUGCCGAAGUGCCGAUUGACUUGUAAAAGCUGUGAAAUCAAUAUACAAGGCAAUAUUUAGUAGAACAAGCUGUUAUCCGUGUCCGUUUCUUGUUUUCCGCACCUGAAACGGAUUAGAACACCUCCAAUUGACUCAUUUGGGUCUGCACGCGAUCCUACAAGUGGUAUCAGAGCUCAUGACGAGGAGUUCUUGCCAAAACAGCAUCGUUUUCUGUCAUCUACACCUUCUUUUAUCUGUUCAGGAAGAUUUCACGGUCAGAACCGGACCAAAGCUUCACAGACUGUUUAAAAUUGAACAUAGACAAACCCUUGAAAGUUUCACGUCAAAAUUCAAAGUAAAACGGACAAAAUUGACUUCCGAUUUGAUUUCGCUUGAGUGGACAGUUUGUGAUUUCGCUCGUAAACACAUAGUCUAAUUUCGCUCAAGGGUGCCUGAUUUCGCUCGUAACUGAGAUUUCGCUCGAGAUGUUUUUGCUGAUUUCGCCCCAGAUUGUUUGAUUUCGCCUGAAACAUUUGAUUUCGCUCCUAGAUUGUCUAAAUCCAGAUUUCGCUCCUAAAUACAUGUUCUAAUUUAGCUCCAGUCAAACCUAAAAAGCUAUUUUCACUCCAGAUACAUUUUCUAAUUUCGCUCCAGGCUGACAUUCAUCUUAUUUCGCUCUAAACUUCACUGGGUGAUUUCGCUCGAAGCUGUUAAUUGUUAUUUCGCUCGAAAUUGUCUGUUUUUGAAAAACGUGCUACCAAAUCAUGGCCGAAGAGUUCUACAAUGCUUUUGCGACACCGGUUGCACCUGUCACUGCUGCUGAAACAGUGUACAGUGAGAAUGAGACGGGUACUCAUCAGAAACCACCAAAGUUGAUGUAUAUUGAGGAUUUUCAGGGAUGGAAAAACCGGUUUGAGAACUGGGUUCAAGCUUACAGAUUCGAUGCUUGGUGUUCUUUGUUGAAAGACUACGAGAGGCCAAAGAAUGGACGCGGUUUGGAAAAGGGUUUCAAUGAUUUUACAGAAGCUGACAAGCUGAAAUAUACUAGUGAAAAGAUGAUGAUCAACAUUUUACAGCAAGCAGUUAAAGAAUAUAUUUUUGUGUUACUUCAACAUAACGAAACAACUAGAUCCAUCUGGGAGGCUUUAAUUCAAAAAUUCAGAGGGAGUGCUGAUAUGAUCAAAAACAAAAAGGCCUUAUUGAAGAAGUCGUUUGAUAUGUUUACUGCAUUUGAUCAUGAAACUACGAAGCAAACCAUAGAUAGAUACUGUCAUCUGGUUCUAGAAAUGGGAAGAUUGGAUAUUCAGAAAGAAGAUGAUGAGUGGGUUGACAAGUUAGCUGAGGCUUUACCCCAAGAAAAGUGGGGAACUUAUCUGAUUAUUGUGAAACUCAUGAGGAAGACUGAGAGUAUGAACUUGGCUCAGUUUAUUCAGAAAAUUGAAGAACAAGAACUGGAUAUUCAAAAGACUGCUAUCAUGACAAAUCCAAAUGCUAAGCAAGAUGUCAGUCUGUACUAUCGAGGGAACAAGUUUGAGGCCACUCCCAGUCAGAGUCCAAAGAUUAGUACUGCAUUUAGUGCUGAUGGGUCAUCAAGUCCAAAUGCCAGCACUACAACACAAAGUGGUGGAUAUACUUCAUCAUUCUCAAGCUUUGAUCCAAACAGUAACACACCUAGCCCUCAGAAGCAAAAUUCUACAAACCUGCAGUGUAAUGUGACUUUGAACAUUCAGAAUGGUCAACAUCUAUCUCCUGAAGUGGAAAAGCAACACAUGGCAUCUCUUGUAGCCAUGUUAGAGUCGUAUGAAAGUUUGAUUGCUGGAAGAAUUGGUAAUCCAAUGCUCACAAAAGAAGACUACGACCAAAUCGAUGCUGAAGAACUUGAGUUGAUAGAUGUGAAAUGGUGUUUGGCCAGUGCUUGCAGGAGAGCUGAAAACUUUCAACAGAUUACUGGCAGGGAUGAGUUUUGAGGAAUGGCUACCUCUCCACUGGGUUUUGACAAGUCAAAGGUUACCUGUUUUUGAUGUAAAGGAAAAGGUCACUUUAAACGGGAGUGUAAAAACCAAGAAUUAACUGGGAGUCAAGAAAAGAACCAUUAUUAUCAGAAAUCAAUCUUUCAUCAGAUCGAUCAACAACCUCAACAAAAAGAACAGAAAACUGCUCAUGGGAAAAUGAUUGAAGAAGCAAAUAAGAAAGCUUAUUUUGGAAUAAUCGAUCAAGGUGAUGAGUUUGUUGCAGAGGGAUUCAGCUGGGACAAUUACAUACCUGGUGGGACUAUACCUGGUGUGGCUCUUGUUACCAGAAUUUUGGGUGAAAAUGAAGAGUGUCAGAAAAGGAUUCCGAUAUUUCUAGAUCUUGGAAGUGAUGUUGAUACAGAUGAUGAGGAAGAGUAUCUUAACAAAUGUAGAAAAAGCAUUGAUCCUGACAGCUUUAGUUUUUUCUAUGCAGAUAAAGUUGAGAUGCUGAAUCAGAAGAAGAUUGCUCGAUUGCAGAGAGAGCUAGAAGCAGCAAAGUUACUUGUUGAUAAAAAGGCAAAGACUGAACCUGUAGAAACAAAAGAUGAAGCAACUGCUGAGAUUGCAAUAGAAAAGACUGUUGAAGUAGAGAAAGUAGUGGAGAAAAUUGUCGAAGUCGAGAAACUCAUGGAAGUUGAGAAAAUAGUUGAAGUUGAAAGAGUGGUCGAAGUAGAAAAGAUUGUCGAAAAGAUUGUUGAGGUCGAGAAACUUGUUGAAGUUGAAAAGACUGUAGAAGUUGAAAAGAUAGUUGAAAAGGUAGUUGAAGUUACGAAGCCUUGUGAUAAAUGUUCAGAAUCUUGCAAAGAUUGUGAAGGAAAAGACAAGAAGAUUGCUGAGUUAGAGAAAAUGAAAGAAGAUCUACUGUCUGAUGGAAGUAUGUGAAAGAGUCAUAUGACGUAUUGAACAUGACAGUUGACAGUUUGAAAAGAACGAAUGCAGAAUUUGAAAAAGCAAAUGACAAGAUGAGUGCAACUUUGAUGACAAAGCAAAGUGUCAAUAAUGAUUACAUCGAAGAAUGUGCUAAGCUGAAGAAGGAACUGGAACUUGAGAAAAUUGAGAGUGAAAGGAUUAACUGAUUAUUUUUGAGUUAUACUACAUGUGAUUAUUUGAUUGAUCGAGUUUAUCCUAUUGUUGUAGGUCUUGAAGCUUUCAGGAAGAAGAAAGAAAAAGAAGAGGAUACUGGAGGAAGCUCAGAGGAUGAAUAGAAGAAACUAUUCUGGAAGCAGUCAAAUCAAGAGUUUCUUGCUGAAGUAAAAAAGAAUGUGAGAAGGUUUGCUGAAAGAGUUGACAGAAGAACCUGUUUCAAAUGCCAAGAAGUUGGUCAUAUAUCUUGGAAUUUUCCCAAGACCAAUUACCAAAAACAGGGAGUUUCUUCUAACUCUAAUUUGAAAAAGAUUGGUGUUGAUAGAAAAGAACAAUUGGUGAAAAUGGUAAUUUGUUUGAAAAUUCAAGUUCUGAAAAAGGUGAAAGUUCAAAAUGGUUUUACAAAAGAAAAGGUGAUUUGAAUAAACAAAAGUGGGUUGUUAAAACAGAAAGCAGUUCUGACAAUGAAUCUGAUUCCAUAAAAUCAGAGGAGUUAUCGGUUGAGGAAAGGGUUGUGGUUUCCAUUCCAGAAGUGAACGACGAGAAUUUUCAUCCAUUAUCAAAGGAAAAUUUAAUGAAGAAAGUGGGAAAAGUUGAGAUCUCAAAUCAAUUCUUCACUGAUAAGGGAGAAUUUGAUGUUGAGAAAGCUUUCAACGGGAAAGUCAAGCACAUUUUCGGGAAAAUGGUUGAUAGAAAGGUUAAGGGUGCUAAAGAGUUUUAUAAAACAAAGUGUUGGUGGGACAGAUGUGUUCCAAAAUCACCUAAGGCUAGUCAGGCUUCGGUGGACGUUAUGUUUGAUUAAACACCUGAUUUGCCGGAGAUUCCAAGAUUGUAAUCGUGGAUCAGGAAUCGGCAUCUUUAUGUUUAAAAAAAAAGGUUGUUUGAAAGUUUUUGAUAGUGUUAAAAUUUUACAGGUUGAAGGACUUUGCCGGAGCUCCCAGGUUGGUAAGAGUGGAGCAGGAAUCGACAUCUUUUUAGCAAUUAAUCUUACAAGUGGUACAGUUGGUAAAGUACAGGUGGUAUACUUAAUUUGUUAUAUUUUGUUUUACAAGUGAUUGUGGUUGAUAAGUAAACCUGCAAGUGGUUGAAGAGAUUUUCAUUGACGAAUGGUUAAUCAAGGUCAUUAAUUUGAACUUGAUUGGACCAUACUUACAUGAGGAAUUUUGAAGAACAAUGUGAUGAACCCCUAACCUAUAAAUUGUUUAAAUCAACAAAACUAAUUUUCCGGAAAAACCAUUUGAUUAAAACAAACUUAAGUGUUUUGAAAUCACAAUGGGAAAAUAGUUUG